AUGGAGGCAAAUUCUACUGUUGCUUUAUGCAACAAUCUUUCCCAUUUAAUUUACAAGCUGCACAAUUCGUUGGAUUAUAAACAAAAGUUUAUUUUGUUUACACACAUUUUUAGUGUACAGGAAGAACACUACGCUUCUGAAGAAAUGAGCAGAAGAUUGAUUAUGUCUCUAGACCCAGAGUUUGUCUAUAUUUUGUUGAGAUCUUCCUCUAUAUUUGUUCUGAUUUCCCUGGAAUUGACAAACAAACUAAUAUGUAACAAAGACGCAGCCAAACAUAUGUCAAACAUUGUCCCAUAUAUUGCCAAUAUUUUGUCAAGAAUCGUGCCCAAAGCUGAUUUCAUUCUAGAUGAAUCUACAAAAAUAAUUUCUGAUAAGCUAAUGUAUCAGAAAGACUUCGUAUGGAUCAAAUUAGUGUAUGAAUCUCUGUUAUGUUUGCAGAAAAUUUUAUCAUACCUGGGGAAAAACAAACUUUUGAAUUGCGUUACCCUAGAUGAAAUGCGUCAACCUUUAGAGUAUUUGUUGAACGACAUGUUUGAUAUUUCAAUUGAAAACAUCAGCUUUGAUGGAUCAAGAGAAUCAGGAAUUAUUUUCAACCACAACAAUGACCAUGUACAUACUUGUAAUCUCUGCGAUCUAAUCUCCAAAAACGAAUUCAAGGAUGAAGCUUUAUGUAUACAAAACCUUUUCAGUGAUCUUGAUGCAUUAGCUAGAGAACAUCUAAUUGAUCUAGAUAAAGAUAAACUUGAUGAUUAUGCGUCCGACGACGAAAUCGAUCUCUUUUCCCUGAUAAAAGAUGUUGGAAACACAAUAAUAACUGAUAUUGGCGUAACUGAAGGGAAUAAGUUAGACAAGCAAACUGUUGGCAUCUAUCUAUCAACUUUGAAAAUUGUACUCGAGAUUACUAAACGUGAUGAAUUAGCCGAAUUUGUUUUAUCGUGUAUAGAAUCAAAGAAUUUUGAUAUACUGCAACUUCUCAUUGAAUUGUCAAUAAAAGGUUCAAAUGAUCUUGGAAACCUAACAAUUUCAAAAAUGUUGACUAACCACUCUAUAAAAUUAUUGGAUAAAAAUACCGAGAGACACAAUGUUCUAUGUUUGCUUGGAUAUAUUCAAAAGUCCUUGGAGAGGCAUGGUCUUUAUCUUUUUAAUGAUAACUGUUGUGUAGAUGAAAUAUUAAAAAUAAUAAAAAGAGCCGAAAUCGAGUUACACUUAUCAUUGGAUGAAUUUUUUAGAAUAGACAACACUGAAUACGACUAUCCCUGCACAUUUCGUGUCUUAGAAACCAUUUUUGUGCUAAUUUGUGAUCUGGAUCAGUCUGUUGGAAAUUCAGUUAACUCUAUAUUUACUAUCAUUCACAGAGUUAUUCAGACAACUUUCGACUUUUUUAAUCAAAUAGAUAUUUCGAAUAGAGAAAGAGCUUCGGAUUACAUCAGCUGUUGUACGAGGAUUAUAGGGUGUUGGAUGACAUUAGAGCCUGUUCACUUGCAAAGUGCAUACCUUAGAGCUCUAAGUAAUAUGUUGGAUCUUAUCUCAGAGAUGGACUUUGCCUGGUUAUUACCAACUUUUGAUUAUAUUGAAGUUUGUGAUUUAUCAAAUGUCAAUAAUCUUAUGACGAGCAUGUUUAGGAUUAUUAACAGGGCAACUGGAAAAAAUGGGAAUGUUUAUGUAAGUGCUCUAGACAAUUUUGGCGAUGAAACUCUAACUAUGGCCUGCAGACAUCUGGAAAGAUUUUUCAUGGAUGUAAUCGUUGACUUUGAAAGGCUUCUCCAGUCUUUAGAACCAUUUGACAUUAAUCAUACCACACUACCAGUGGAUAAGGAAGAUGUCAUAGAAACCUUGAUAACGAGUGCAAAUUUCACACCAAGUUAUCCAGUAGAACUAUUUUCACCAAUUGUUGUAGAAGUUGAUGUAGGGAGUAAGCUGGAAGGCAAAUACCUGUUUACAUUGUCAGUAUUAGAAAAAUUAUUUCUAUCAAUACUUGAAAGAUAUCACCAUGUAAAAUUUGUUAAUCACAUGCUAAAAGUUAUAAAUAAUAAUGAAGAACCAUCUUUAGAAUAUUUCUUCCAAUCACUUGCCAAAAAGAGUUCCUCGUAUGAUAUUUUGCUUUGCAAUAUUUCAGUUGCUACCGCUGCAGCCUGUUUGUGUAGGAUUACUGAAACUUCUGCAAAAAGACUUAUAAACUCCAAGUUUCUACUCCUUAUAAUGGAAUGCCUCGUUUAUUCGUUUUUCUAUUCAGUACCUGUGCGUAUGAAUGAUUAUUUGAGAACGGAUGAUGAAAGGAUAAACCUUUGGUAUAGAACAAGUCAUCUAUCUAUGCUACUAAUGCAGCACUAUCCCGCAUUGGUAGGUCUGUUCAAUAUGUCAAUUAUCAAGAUGGGAUUGAAAUUGCCUCAACCAAGCAAAAUUGACAUGGAAACCUUGUUUAAUGAAGAAUAUAUAACUAGACAAGAGAUCGUUGUAGCAGAUUUCUUCUCUGCAUUUGUAUUGAACAUAAUAAACUAA